GAAAAUCAGGAAAUAGACCCGUGUUUGUUAAGACUCGACUGGUUAAUUCUUCCUCCCUUGUCCUCUGCUAAACGGGCGGCGUCGCCGACGCUCUUUAAGCUUAUUUUUUUAUGUAAUUUUGAUUAGGACCAAUGGAAAGAAUGUGUGCUCCAAAGUCACGCCGAGAAAAGCGAAAAGAAGCUCGGAAAGAAAAAAAACAGAGAAAAAAUGAAUCUUGGUUGGCACAUCAGAAAGGACAAAAGGUUAAGCGAGCUCAACAUCAGAGAAAGUUUAAGGAUUCAAUGCCAAAUAAUGCAAACAGAUCAAAAAAUAAAUUUAUUCAAAAUUUUAGUGAGAGAGAAGGUAGACAGCAAGAUACCAACUUCAGGAGAAAUCAGAGUUCAGAGAAAAUGGAUGUGGGAAUGACAAUGGAAGUUAAAACAAAGUCAUUAAGUAAUAAUCAUUCCUCCAGUUCAGCAACAGUGAAAGAAAGGAAGGGUUUAAAGAGGAAGUCCAAAACAAAGUUUGAAGAGUUUCUUGAAAUGGAUAUGAAAAAUGCUGACACGUUAGCACAGGAGGAUCUAAAACUGGAGAGGAAACUUGCUAAGGAACUGAAGGUGAAAGAUGGAAAAUUGAGGGGGAUGGAUGAUGAAAUAAAUUUUUUAUUAGAUGGGAUUCCAUGUUUGGAUGAUUCUUUUGAUGAUGUCAUAGAUGAUGAAGGGUUUCCCAAUGGGAGACUUGAGAAUGGUAUUUCUGAUAAGAAACCUAAGAAGAAAAAGUCAUUGGAUGAAAGUUUGGAGGAUGAUAUAGCUGUGAAUUUUAUGGGUGGAGUUCCAGAGCCAGUCAAAACAUCUAAUGCAGAGAUGGGACAGGAAAAAUGCGCAGAGUUGGGGCAGGGAGAAGGUACCGCAAAGAAAACUUCGCGCAAGAGGCGUAGGAGGAGUAAGAAGUCAACAGAAACGGAAGAUUGCCUACUAGGAGACACAAGUUACAGUGCUUCAAAGCCAACAGAGUUUCCAUUACAGGAAACUCCUAGCGAUGCACCUGCUGUCGCAAGUAGUGUGAAAUAUGUGGCUCCUCACUUGAGAUCUCGGGCAGCGAAUGAGCCAGAGGAGCAUACUCAAAUCCGUAGACGUGUCCGUGGUCUUCUCAAUAGGCUAUCUGAAUCCAACGUGGAAUCUGUUACAGGAGAAAUGGCUACCAUCUUCCGUUCUGUUAGUCGAAGUGUCGGUUCUCAAAUUAUCAGUGAUGAGGUGUUGGCAGCUUGCUCCGGCGGUCCUCGUGGCAACGAACAGUAUGCUGCUGUUUUUGCAUCUUUUGUUGCAGGCAUGGCUUGUUCUGUUGGAAUGGACUUCAGUGCAAAGCUUAUGGCUGGACUUGCUAGGUCUUUUGAGGAUGAGUAUCUUAAGGAAGACAACCUUUCCUUGCGAAAUUUGACUCUUCUGCUGUCCUAUUUAUGCAUAUUUGGAGUUUGUUCUAGCGAUUUGAUAUAUGACUUCCUAAUUAUGUUGAGCAAGCGGUUGGAAGAGAUUGAUGUCUCCACUAUCUUGACACUUUUACAAUGUUGUGGCAUGAAAAUAAGGGGCGAUGAUCCUACUGCCAUGAAAAACUUCAUCGAGAGUGUUCAGAGUAGGGUGAAUGAAAUAAAGACCUCUAUUGAAGGAGACCAGGCUAAAAUUAUUGGAAAAAGAAUGGAAUUCAUGCUCGAAACCAUAUGUGAUAUCAAAAACAACAAGAAGAGACCUAAAGAAGAUACUGCACAACACACUAGGAUAAAAAAAUGGCUGCAAAAGCUAGGAGUUGGAGAAAUUCUUAUUAGAGGGCUCAAAUGGAGCAAGCUACUUGAUCCUGACAAGAAGGGUCAAUGGUGGUUGUCUGGCGAUAUAACUUCUAAGCCAGAUGAUGUUGAAGAGGUUGCCAAUACAAUUGACAAAGAAGUUCUAGAGGCACAAAAGAUGCUGCAGCUUGCUGCUUCACAGAGGAUGAAUACAGACGCUAGAAAGGCAAUCUUUUGUAUAAUAAUGAGUGGAGAGGACUACCUUGAUGCAUUUGAGAAGCUUCUGAGAUUGUAUUUGCCUGGACAACAGGACAGAGAGAUUAUGCGAGUCCUCGUAGAAUGCUGCUUGCAAGAGAAGGUGUUCAAUAAAUAUUACACUGUCCUGGCUUCCAAGUUGUGUAAACAUGACAGGAACCACAAAACGACUUUACGGUUUUGCAUUUGGGAUCACUUCAAACAGCUCGAGUCAAUGGAGCUUUUGAGAUCAAUGCACCUAGCGAAAUUCGUAGCGGAAAUGGUCGCCUCUGGGACCCUCUCUCUUUCAAUUUUAAAGAGUGAUUUGAGUGAUGCUGGACAGCUGACAUCAAAGAGGAUCAUGCAUUUUCGGAUACUAUUCGAGGCCAUAUUUGAGUAUCCUGACAAGGAUGUAUGGAACAUGUUUACAUGUAUAGCUAAAGAGCCGGAGCUGGAAAGUCUUCGCCAUGGCAUUGAAUUCUUCAUCAGAGAGUAUGUUAUCAAAACUAACAAUGCAGCUGCUAACAAAUUCAAGGUUGCAAAGAAAGCCCUCAACAGUAUGGAAGGAUUCCUUAUCUGAGUUAAGGAUUCUGCUUUUUUUUUUUUUCUCGUUUAAAUGUAGCGGACUGACUUGGGAAUCAAAUUAAAUGAAUUAUAAGAAUUUUGUAGUUCUUUCUAUCUCA